AUGUAUAGACAAAUACCUUUAUCUGUUGCGUUCAGUAGUGAAAACCCUGACGUCAAAAUAAAGGGGAACAGAGUAACGUUUAAGUUUCCAACAGACUGGAUUGUGAACAUAAAUGAAGAGAAGUACAUUGGCAUAACAUCUAUGUAUAUAACACGUGCUUUCAGAAAGGUUGACUUUAUACUUCAAGUCGAGAUAGAAAAUGACGAACAGUCUUUAAGCGCCCAAAACAUUCACAUAUACAAAUACUUUAAAGACGAUACAACAUUGCAACAAUGUAUGAUUUCAUUUAAUGAAAUGUUCGAGAAAAAGUUUAACAUUGAAGUACAAACUUUACAGCCUUUACGUGAGUUUCUUGCACAACUGAAAGAAGAAGGUAGUCAGCCACAACUUAUAGACUUUCAUUAUGAAUUUAAUGAAAAUGAAGAUGGAACACAUGACUGUCAGUUUGUUGUAUUCUCACCAUUCAAUGAAGUAGCUAAAAAGAAAGAAAAUCCAUUACGUAUAAGAUUUCAAAUCUCUGAACCAAGUGAUGAUUUCAAGAAUGUUUUCAAUUAUGAUGCAAUGCUUCCGAGGAAAAAUGAAUUUUCAAAGAUU